CCAGCCCCUGACACCGGAAGCCGCGGCGCACAGAGCUCAGCACGCAGCUACUCGGGGCAAGCCUGAGAGCCGGGCCCUGGGGCCACACACAUCGGACACAGGCCCGGGCCGGAUUGAGAGGCUGCGGACUCUAAAAUGACCUCGCUGGCAUGUGGCUGCCCCCAUUUAGAAUCUGUGGGUGAGGUGACCAAAGAGGAACUUAUUCAGAAGUCGCACGGCAGCUGCCUGGACUGCAAAGUCAGAGGAGCAAACCUUUGGGCUUGUUUAGAGAAUGGCUGUUCUUACAUUGGCUGCGGAGAAUCUCACGUCGACCAUAGCACCACUCAUUCUCAGGACACCAAGCAUUGCCUCACUGUGAACCUCACCACACUUCGCGUCUGGUGUUACACCUGCAGCAAAGAAGUGUUCCUGGAUAUAAAAAUGACCACAAACCUUACAUUGAAAACCCCACCAGCAGUGGUUUAUGAUAACCUAGACGUGGAACUGGAAGAGGAGGAUGAGCUAAAGACUAGAGGCCUCACCGGACUAAAGAACAUUGGCAAUACGUGUUACAUGAACGCCGCUCUGCAGGCCUUGUCCAACUGUCCUCCCCUUACAUAUUUCUUCCUUGACUGUGGUGGUCUGGCCCGCACUGAUAAGAAGCCAGCUCUCUGUAAGAGUUACCAGAAACUGAUGAGCGAAAUCUGGCACAAGAACAGGCCUGGCUCUGUUAUACCUACUAACUUGUUCCAAGGCAUAAAGAUGGUAAACCCAACCUUUCGAGGCUAUUCCCAACAGGAUGCUCAAGAGUUCCUGCGAUGUUUGAUGGAUAUACUGCAUGAGGAACUUAAGGAGCAAAUGGUGGAGGCAGAAGAAGACCCACAGCCUGGGAUAUUGGAAGAAAUGAUGGAGGAGGAGAAGAAUCAGUCCGACAAUGAUUUCCAGUCCUGUGAAUCUGGGUCCAGCAGUGACCACAAUGAACAUGAAAGUCGUAAGUUGUCUGAGGAACUCUCAGAAUCUGCCAUGUUAAUCCAAGAGGAGGACCAAGAUAAUCAGAAAUCCCGGCAAAGGGAGAAGAGGUUCUCCAACCACAUGAGCCAAAACAACUGCCUCCAGGAUCUGGAGAAGAACCUUGAAAGUUUGUCCGAGGACAGCGAUUACGGCUCGCAAGGAACAGUGAAAGUUCAGAUCCAGAGUCGAAUAUCAGAUUAUGCCACAGAAGUCAACAUUUGUGAGCUGCCAGCUUCUCAAACGCCCUUGCUAAGCGAAAGCUCGACGACUCGCCUAUCCAGCAGCCCACCUAAAUCUGGAGCUCUUUGGGGAAAUCACAGAAAAGUUUCUACUGUCUGUCUCCCUAAGAAGAAAAGGCAGAAGAAGUACCGCAGUGUCAUAUCUGAUGUGUUUGACGGCACCAUUGUGAGCUCAGUACAGUGUCUGACAUGUGACAGAAUCUCAGUAACUCUGGAAGCAUUUCAAGACUUGUCACUGCCAAUACCAGGGAAGGAAGAUUUAGCAAAGCUGCACUCGUCGAGCCACCAGACCUCCCUGGUUAAGGCUGGAUCGUGUGGAGAGGCCUAUGCUCCUCAAGGAUGGAUUUCAUUUUUCCUAGAAUAUCUUAAAAGGAACUUUGAGAGUAAUCGCCCUUCUUUGCAUACUUUUUCUAGCUGGUUUUGGGGCCCCACAGUCACCCUACAGGAUUGUCUGGCAGCCUUCUUUACCAGGGACGAACUUAAAGGUGACAAUAUGUACAGCUGUGAAAAAUGCAAAAAGUUAAGAAAUGGUGUCAAGUUUUGCAAAGUGCAGAAAUUUCCUGAGAUAUUGAGUAUACACCUGAAACGCUUUAGGCAUGAGCUUAUGUUUUCCACCAAAAUCGGUACUCAUGUAUCAUUCCCCCUGGAGGGUUUGGACCUGCAGUCUUUUCUUGCCAAGGAAAGCCCAAGCCAGAUUGUCACCUAUGACCUUUUGUCUGUAAUCUGUCAUCACGGCACUGCGAGCAGUGGCCACUAUAUUGCCUACUGCCGCAACAACCUGAAUAACCUCUGGUAUGAAUUUGAUGAUCAGAGCGUCACCGAAGUGUCUGAAAGUACAGUGCAGAAUGCUGAGGCCUAUGUGCUUUUCUACAGAAAAUCAAGUGAAGAUGCCCAAAAGGAGAGGAGAAGGGUGACCAGCCUACUAAACCUCACCGAGCCCAGUCUGCUGCAGUUCUACAUCUCACGCCAGUGGCUUAAUAAAUUUAAGACAUUUGCUGAGCCAGGCCCCAUAUCCAAUAACGAUUUCCUGUGUGUGCACGGGGGUGUGCCACCACGUAAGGCUGGGCUGAUAGAGGACCUUGUGGUGAUGCUGCCUCAGAAUAUAUGGGACCAUUUAUAUAGCAGGUUUGGUGGUGGGCCCGCUGUCAAUCAUCUUUGUGUAUGCCACACCUGCCAGAUCGAACAGGACAAAACUGAAAAGAGGAGGAAGAUGGAACUGGAAACAUUCAUUCGGCUGAACAAGGCUUUUCAAGAAGAGGACUCCCUGGCUGUUAUCUACUGUAUCAGCAUGCAAUGGUUCCGGGAGUGGGAAGGCUUUGUGAAGGGCAAGGACGUUGAUCCUCCUGGACCAAUCGAUAAUUCUAAAAUUGCGGUUGCUAAAUGUGGGCACAUUACCCUGAAACAAGGAGCUGAUUCUGGACAGAUCUCGGAAGAAACCUGGAUCUUCCUGCAGUCUAUCUAUGGCGGGGGACCUGAAAUUACAUUGAGGCAAAAUGUCGCAAUAAAUGAAUCAGAAGUGGGCCAAUCAGAAGAGAAGAUUGAUGUGGAGACUCGGAAUGUAUAAAUAUUUAUCGGCACUGCCAUUAUAAAGAUGAAGUCACUCUUUUGUUUUUUUUAAAACCAUUCCUUUUGUUAGAAUCAUGACCUUAGAGGGCAUUUUUGUUGGCUAUUAUUUUAAGUGUCCUAUUUAUGUUUUUUUUAGGGUAAAAAGGGGGUAUGAUGAUGAUUUUAAUUCGUAUGAUCGAUGUAAAUGUAAUGAGCUAUUUUCGUUUAAUCCUGCCACUGUAUAUAACAUGUAAAUUGGAAGCUGUGUGUUGGGCUGCAGGGGACACAUUCCCCGUACAGCGCUGCGUAUGAUCCAACUGCCAUAUAUUGUGCGUUUGGCUACCAAUUGUUUCCUGUAUCCAUCCUGCAGCUCCUUUUCACUGGGGAUGAUACAUAAACACUGGAAGGAAAGUAGAAGUUUUGCCCACAGCU